AUGGAUACAAGAGAUAGUAAUAGGACACUCUCUGAGAUAGUGAGUCUGGUAAAAUCCUGGCUACCCUGGCGAUCCGAGCCAGCUACUGUCUCCAGGGAUUUUUGGAUGCCUGAUCAGAGCUGUCGUGUAUGUUAUGAGUGUGAUAGUCAGUUUACCCUUAUCAAUCGUAGGCACCAUUGUCGUCUUUGUGGCAGAGUUUUCUGUGGCAAGUGUACUGCAAACUCAAUACCUUUCGCUCCCACCGACUUGAGAACUCCACGUGAAGAGUGGGAAAGGAUCCGUGUUUGCAAUUAUUGUUUCAGGCAAUGGGAGCAAGGUGAUAGUGGACCACAUGUUUCAAAUAUCCCGGAACUUAGUACUUCACCUUCAGAGACAAGUAUUCUUAGUUCAAAGACCAGUACAACUGCCAAUAGUAGUAGCUUCGCUCUUGGCUCGAUGCCAGGAUUAAUUGGUCCUUAUCAAAGGGUUCAACGUGGUUCUGAUGUCAGUUUGCACGGAGUAUCUUCAAUGGAGACAAGCACAACCAAGCAAGGCAAAGAAACUUCUAGGAGGGGCAGCUUCAUUGCCACAGAUGUGGAUGAUCUAUCUUGCUUUGCUCUAAAUAGAAGUGAUGAUGAGUACGACGAGUACGGUGUGUACCAUACUGAUGUUGAGACGAGUCAUUCUCCUCAAGCUAAUGAAUAUUAUGGUCCAAUGGAAUAUGAUGAGAUGAGCUUAUGUGAUGGCCCCUGUAAGCAUCUUAGUGGAGAAACGGCCGACCAGAAAAGCUUAAGUGGCUCUCCUCUCAUUCAUAAUUGUCUUGAAUCUCUAAUUGGGGAAGGAGCAGAGCAGUUUCAGAAGAAAGAUGAGCAUGAGGGUCGUGACGAAUGUGAAGCUCCUUCUCCACCUGACAUUUCAGAUGAUCAAGUGGCAGAACCGGUGGAUUUCGAGAACAAUGGACUUUUGUGGGUUCCACCUGAUCCAGAAAAUGAAGAAGAUGAGAGAGAAAGUCCUUUGUUUGAUGAGGAAGAUAAUGAGGGUGAUGCCUCAGGUGAGUGGGGAUACUUACGACCUUCCACUAGCUUUGGAAGUGGAGAGUACCGUAGCGAGGAUCGAACAAGUGAAGAGCACAAGAAGGCUAUGAAGAAUGUGGUUGAUGGGCACUUUAGGGCUUUGCUUGCACAACUGUUGCAAGUCGAGAAUAUCCCUGUGAGCGAUGAUGAGGGCAAAGAGAGCUGGUUAGAGAUUAUCACCUCUCUUUCUUGGGAGGCUGCUAACUUAUUGAAGCCUGAUAUGAGCAAAAGUGGAGGAAUGGAUCCUGGUGGCUAUGUCAAAGUAAAAUGCUUAGCUUCCGGUUUCCCACAUGAUAGCAUGGUGGUUAAGGGAGUUGUUUGCAAGAAAAAUGUGGCUCAUAGGAGAAUGAGGGCGAAGAUUGAGAAAGCUCGACUAUUGAUUCUAGGCGGUGGGCUUGAGUAUCAAAGGGUCUCAAACCAGUUAUCGAGUUUUGAUACUUUGUUGCAACAGGAAAAGGAUCAUUUAAAGAUGGCUGUUGCAAAAAUUCACGCUGAACGUCCAAAUAUUCUACUAGUCGAAAAAUCAGUUUCUCGAUAUGCGCAAGAGUAUCUUCUAGCCAAAGAUAUAUCUCUUGUUCUAAACAUUAAGAGGCCACUUUUAGACCGCAUUGCUCGCUGCACUGGUGCUCAGAUAAUUCCUUCUGUAGACCACCUAUCCUCUCAAAAGCUGGGCUCCUGUGAGAUUUUCCGGGUGGAUAGGUUUCUUGAAGAACAUGGUUCAGCUGUUCAAGUUGGAAAGAAAGUAGUGAAGACGUUGAUGUAUUUUGAGGGUUGUCCAAAGCCAUUAGGCUUUACAAUUUUGCUCAGGGGUGCUAAUGAAGAGGAGUUGAAAAAAGUGAAGCAUGUGGUCCAAUAUGGAGUUUUUGCAGCUUAUCAUUUGGCACUCGAGACAUCGUUUCUUGCUGACGAAGGAGCCUCACCAGAACUGCCUUUGAACUCCCCAAUUACAGUGGCACUUCCAGAUAAAUCUACGAGUAUUGAACGUUCGAUAUCUACUGUGCCAGGUUUCACGGUCUCCACUUGUGAAAAAUCUCCAACAAUGCUAUCCGGUUCCGAACCACAACGAGCAAACAGUGUCCCAGCAUCAGAGUUGCUUUCGACCACUGCCACUCUAUCCAUCCAGAAGGAUAUAAAUCCUCUGAUACCCAAUGGUACAGGCUUGCAGGCUAGAGAAAUAAAUCCGAGUUUCCUAAUUGCACGCUAUAAUGUUUCAUUGAAUUUGCCUGACCAUGUGAUUGAGGGAAGAAACUCAGCUUUGUCUGAAAGAUCUGCACUCGCAGAUACACCAGCAGACUUUAGCAAUCCAACGGCUAAGGCAAAAGACAUAUUGGACAAUUCCCUAAAUUCAUCAGGGCAAGGCUUUGUGCUAAAGAGUUCCCAAAGUAAUAUGAGCGUUAUGGUCGAAAACCCAGACAAUGGUUCAGAGCUUACAACCGUCCAACAUCAAAACAGUGAGAAUCCAAAAGAACCACAAUCUCAAAAAGAGGAAUUUCCUCCGUCACCCUCUGAUCACCAGAGCAUUUUGGUGUCUCUAUCGUCCCGAUCAGUCUGGAAAGGAACUGUGUGUGAGAGGUCUCACCUCUUCCGAAUAAAAUACUAUGGGAGCUUUGAUAAACCCUUGGGACGGUUCUUGAGAGAUCAUUUGUUUGAUCAGAAUUACAGGUGUCGUUCAUGUGAGAUGCCAUCAGAAGCUCAUGUUCACUGUUAUACUCAUCGACAGGGCAGCCUUACAAUAUCUGUCAAGAAGCUCCAAGAUUAUCUCUUACCUGGUGAAAAGGAGGGGAAGAUCUGGAUGUGGCAUAGAUGCCUGAGAUGCCCGCGACCUAACGGCUUUCCUCCAGCAACUCUACGUGUGGUGAUGUCUGAUGCUGCAUGGGGAUUAUCGUUUGGGAAGUUUCUGGAGCUCAGUUUCUCAAAUCACGCAGCUGCCAGUAGAGUAGCAUGUUGUGGCCAUUCUCUGCAUAGAGACUGUCUUCGCUUCUAUGGAUUUGGGAACAUGGUUGCUUGCUUCCGGUACGCUACUAUAGACGUUAAUUCAGUCUACCUUCCGCCAUCAAUUCUUAGUUUCAACUAUGAUAAUCAGGACUGGAUACAGAGAGAGACAGACGAGGUGGUAGAGAGAGCAGAGCUUCUAUUUUCUGAAGUAUUAAAUGCUAUUAGUCAAAUUGCAGAGAAAGGUUUUAGGCGUCAAAUUGGUGAACUCGAGGAAGUGCUUCAAAGAGAGAAAGCAGAAUUCGAGGAGAAUAUGCAAAAGAUGUUGCACAGGGAGGUGAAGGAAGGCCAACCUCUUGUGGACAUUCUUGAGCUAUACCGGAUUCGCAGACAGCUAAUUUUUCAGUCAUAUAUGUGGGAUCACCGCUUGAUUAGUGCGUCAACUUUGCAUAAGCUUGAGAGUAGUGAUAACACAAAGAGAGAAGAAAAUGAGAAACCAUCCUUGGCUAAGAGCCAGACGCUCCCCGAGAUGAAUGCUGGGACCAACUCUCUUCUUACUGGCUUAGAGGUUAACCUGAAUCCUGAUGGUGAUUCUACUGGUGAUACUGGCUCGUUAAAUAAGGUUCAGAAGGAAGCGGAUACAAAUUCAGAUUUGAAUCAGGAAAAGGAAGAUAGGGGAGAAGUUUCUCCCAGCAAGACCUUACCUGAUACUUCUGAUCCUCUGGAAAACAAACUCGAUGUUCGCAGGACACAGUCUGAUGGCCAGAUAGUUAUGAAAAAUCUAUCAGCCACUCUUGAUGCAGCAUGGAUAGGCGAACGUCAAACAUCAGUGGAGAUUCCAACCAAUAAUAAGAUCUUGCUUCCUCCUUCAUCCAUGUUAAACUUUUCAACUUUCCCUCCAAUCGCAGAGGGGCUAAAGCCAAUAGAUCUCCCGGAACAGCAAAAUGAAUUCAAGAUGGGCUAUCCAGUUUCACCUGCUUUACCGAGUAAAACUUAUGAGAACUCAGAAGAUUCUGUAAGCUGGUUAGGUAUGCCAUUCCUCAAUUUCUACCGUUCCAUCAACAAGAACUUCCUGCUUAGCUCUCAGAAGCUUGAUACAUUUGGCGAGCAUAGCCCUAUCUAUAUUUCAUCUUUUAGAGAAGCAGAGCUUCAAGGUGGACCAAGGCUACUUCUCCCCGUAGGCAUGAAUGAUGUUGUUGUUCCAGUGUAUGAUGAUGAGCCCACGAGUAUGGUCGCGUAUGCCUUGAUGUCACCCGAAUAUCAACGCCAGAUUUCUGUUGAAGGGGAAUCUCUAGUUUCAUAUCCUUCUGAACUGAAUAUCCCUCGCCCAGUUGAUGAUACCAUUUUUGACCCUAGCAGAAGCACUGGUUCAGUCGAUGAGAGUAUACUUUCAAUGUCCUCAUCUCGGAGCAGCUCGCGGCUUCUGGACCCACUUUCAUAUACAAAAGCUUUACAUGCUCGAGUCUCGUAUGGAGAAGACGGCACUCUUGGAAAAGUGAAGUACACAGUUACUUGUUACUAUGCAAAACGGUUUGAGGCGUUGCGGGGUAUAUGUAUCCCUUCGGAACUUGAGUUUAUAAGGUCCCUUAGCCGUUGUAAAAAAUGGGGAGCUCAAGGUGGAAAGAGCAAUGUCUUCUUUGCUAAAACCCUGGACGAUCGUUUUAUCAUCAAGCAAGUGACCAAGACAGAACUGGAAUCAUUCUUCAAACUUGCUCCUGAUUAUUUUAAAUACUUAUCCGAGUCUAUCAGCACGAAAAGUCCAACUUGCCUUGCUAAAAUCUUAGGAAUCUAUCAGGUCGUAACAAAGCAACUAAAAAGCGGGAAAGAAACAAAGAUGGAUGUUUUGAUUAUGGAGAAUCUUCUGUUUGGAAGAAGUGUGAAACGGCUUUAUGACCUCAAAGGAUCUUCCCGGGCGAGAUACAAUCCUGACUCUAGUGGGAGCAACAAAGUCUUGUUGGAUCAAAACUUGAUUGAAGCAAUGCCAACUUCUCCCAUUUUCGUGGGUAACAAAGCAAAACGAUUGUUGGAAAGAGCCGUCUGGAAUGAUACCGCUUUUCUUGCAUCGGGUGAUGUGAUGGAUUACUCGUUGCUAGUAGGCGUGGACGAAGAAAAAAACGAGCUAGUUCUCGGGAUUAUCGACUUCUUGAGGCAGUACACAUGGGACAAACAUCUAGAGUCUUGGGUGAAAUUUACAGGAAUCUUAGGAGGACCAAAGAAUGAAGCACCAACAGUAAUCUCUCCAAAGCAAUACAAGAGAAGAUUCAGAAAGGCGAUGACGACUUACUUCCUCAUGGUCCCUGAUCAAUGGUCUCCAUCUACUGUCGUUACUAGUAACUCCAGGUCUGAUCAACCAGAAGAAACCUCUCAAGCCGGUACACAAGCAGAGUGA